AUGUCUCUCCCCAACGGCCAGCCAGCCUGGCCGCCUCCCGCCUUGCAGCAUACAAACAGCAGCCGCUCUUUGCAUCACCUCGACGAUGGCCCGGCGCGCACCCAGACCCCGGUCGACAACAUCAUCGGGUUGAUGCCUGAGGCACCAGUCGACAUCGAGGAAGAGAACCGGCGCGCUCUCUUCGCCGAUCUGUAUCGCAAGACCGAGGACAAGGUCGCGCUGUUGUUUGCUGAUGACGGCUCGUACAAUAUCGACGCGAUUGCUGCGCUCCGGCGCCAACCCCCCACCCCGACCGUCACCCUGCCGCCCACGACCGACCACGAACCAAUCAAAGAGCCGCCGCGCAAGAAGGCCAAACGCGCCAUCGACGAAGACAACUACGACGACGAUGAUGAUGAUGAUGAGGAGGACGAGGAGGACUCACAGCCCGCGUCCGCGGUGAAGCCUCAGAACGCGGCCGUCGCGGCGGCGAGUUCCCUGCUCUCCCCCUCCAAGUCCGGCAGCUCCCCCGUCCACUCGGUCAACUCUCCGAAACAGGGAGACAAGACCAAGGGGCCGGAUGGCCUGCCGUUCAAGGAAAAGACUGGCGACGAUGGCAUCAAGAAGCUCGAAGAGGCGCGGCUUGCCACGGAAGAAGCCGCGCGCAAGAGCUUCCACACCAUCUUCCACACGCUCGAAAACGAUCGAACAGCCAUGCUCGAGCAGCAGCGGCUAGAAGACUCGGAGAAGCAGCUCCAGGCUGAGAUGGACCACAACACCUCCAAUGCGGGUGCCCAGGCGGCCGGGCAGGGCUCUCUGAGCAGCGCGAACCUCGGCGCGUCCAGCCUUACUCUCAAGCACCUCAUUGCCAGGAUAGACAUGAAACGCGAUCAGGUCCGGGCCUCGGACGCCGAGCUGCGCCUGCUCAUGAACGAAGUCCGCAAGAAUCGAAGCAAAUGGGCCAGCGAGGAGAAUGUCAACCAGGAAGAGCUGUAUGAGGCUCUCGAGAAGGUCUUGACGGAGCUCAAGGCGCACACGGAGUAUUCGACGCCCUUCUUGACGCGUGUCAACAAGAGGGACGCCCCUGAUUACUACAACUUCAUCAAGAACCCAAUGGACCUGGGCACGAUGACGAAAAAGCUCAAGUCGCUUACGUACAAGUCCAAAGUGGAUUUUGUCGCGGACCUGAAUCUAAUAUGGGACAACUGCCUCAAGUACAACCAAGACAUGAACCAUCCUUUGCGCCGCAUGGCGAACGGCAUGAGGAAGGAGGCCGAGAAGCUCAUCCCGCUCAUUCCCGACCUCGCGAUCCGUUCUCGCGCCGAAGUGGAAGCCGAGGAGCGACGGAAGCAGAACGGCGGCGACGAUGACAAUGGCGACGACAGCGACGACGAGCCGAUAAUGUCGUCUCGUGGUCGCAAGGCCGCCACGAAAGGCGCCAACAAGUCUCGAAAGGCCCCCAGCGACCAAAAGGAAGAGACCCCGGUCGUCGAUCAGAAGCCCGUUCUGCAGCUCAAUGGUCUGUUGGGAAAGCAUGGCCGCGAAGGGUCAGAGGCAGUUGACGGGAGCAACGGUUUUGCCACGCCAAUCGGCGGCUCCAUCACCCCGAGCGGCGCCAUCAACGGCCACUCGGGAAUUGCGAGCAAUGUCGAUGCCAUGGACAUUGAUGGACCGAGCCUGAACGGCAUGGCGUUGAAUUCUGCUUUUGGAGAGGCCGUGGAGCAGGCCUACGAAGACGACGAGUACAAGGUGUGGAAACAGACCACUAAGAAGGACCGCGCUCUUGUCGCCAAGGAACGGCAUCAACUGUUCAAGGACAACAACUUGAACGUCGAUGCGCCCGCUCUUCUUCGAAGCAAGGCUGGCAUGAGGCACUUUCUGAAGAACCAAAAGGAGGCCGAGGCGCUUGGCAUUGCGAACCACCCGCAUCUCGGCGGCCCCCUGAGCGUGGCAAAGGGGGCAAACAACAAGGCGCCCGAGACGCUGGCUGAGGGGAUCGAGGAAGAGGCCGAACGAGUUCUCCCCGACUACUACGACUCCCUCAGCAGCAUCCCUGACAUUCAGUCGAACCUGCAGUGGAUCGAGGAUGGCGAGGGCCAGGUCAUUAACCAGCACGAGGAGUUCCUGAGGCUUGUUCCGGCGGGGUCCUUUGUUGCCCCUCAGAGCCGACUGACCAAGAAGAUGGACGACAACAUUCACCAGAUCCAGGAGACGCGGAAGCUCGCGACCAAGAUUUCUGUCAUCAAGCAGAUGCAAGUCCAGUCGCAGGUGUACACCAACCAGUUUCCCAAGUCCAACACGGUGCCCUUUGUCGAGCAGGAUAUCGAGCCUCACUUUAUUGCCGACGAUGGGCCUGUCAUGGCGCCACACACCUGUCAAGACGCGUUGAAGCGGUCCGUCGCGAAGAUUCUGUACCACACCGGCUUCGAGGAGCUGCAGCCCUCGGCGAUCGACGCUCUGACCGGCAUCGCAGCCGACUACUUCCAGACAAUCACACGCACGUUCCAAGUUUACCGCGAGGCAGAGAGGAUGACGGUGCAGACACCGACGGGCACCGAAGUUCGGCCUCGUUUCACUCCGGAGGAGGUGCUUCUGCACACGCUGGAAGAGAACGGUCACGACGUGCCAUCGCUGGAUGCUUACGUCAAGGACGACGUCGACCGACUUAGCAGCAAGCUCGGCGUCCUGCACGAGCGGAUGAAGUUGCACCUGACGGAUCUCCUGCGGCCAGCGCUCUCGGCGGAGGCUGGUGCUGACGGUGUUGGUGCCUUCAACGACGGCAGCGAACAGUUCACGAGCGGCGACUUUGCCGACGACCUCGGCGAGGACUUUUUCGGCUUCCGCGCGCUUGGCCUCGACAAGGAAAUGGGUCUCGACUCUUUCGCCGUACCGUUCCAUCUGCUGCACAGCCGAGUACGGAACCAGUACCAGAUGCAGUCGCAGACCACCACGGGGGACACGGCCGACAUGUUCGAGGCCCUGGCGCCUGCCGACCCCGUCACCAAGGAAAACAUCCAGGACCAGAUUGGCCUGGUCAAGAACUUCUUCCUCGCCAAGCUGCACGCCAACGGCGACCAGCCUCUGGUGGAGGACGAGGAUCUCCCCGUCAAGCAGAGGAAGCCGCGGCCUCGACUCGGCGCGAGCGGCAAGAUCAUGUCUGCUCAGAAGCGGCCUCCCAAGGAACAGCUGGCGCUGGCCAAGAAGAAGAAGAAGAUGGAGUUGGCGGCGGCGGCCGAGGCCAAGGCCAAUGCCGCCUCAGACAAGGCGGCCGGGUCGACCAACAACACGCCCGUCAAGAAGUCGGCGGCCAACCUGCCCAACGGCACGACGGCGCCGAACCCCGCCGUCCUCGCGCUGGGCGCCGGCAUGGAGCGGACAGACAGCAUGCAAAGCCAGGCGGGCACCAGCCAGACGGACAAGGACGACACGAUCGGCAUGAUGAGCCCGGAGAGCAUCGCUCAGUAG